AUGGCCAAUAAUGGGCUACGCACAAUCUGUGUCGCCUACAAAGACUACAUUCGAAAAGGUGUCCGCGAUGUGGAAAAUUAUGAGAUUCCAUUUGAAAAAGAUGAGGAUAUCGAUUGGAAUGACGAGGAUGAGAUAUCGAAGAACUUUGUGGGCAUUGCAAUUUGUGGAAUACAGGAUCCUGUUCGACCAGAGGUGCCAGCUGCUAUUGAGAAGUGUAAGAAAGCUGGAAUAACCGUUCGUAUGGUUACUGGUGAUAAUAUAAACACGGCUAGAGCUAUCGCAAUGUCUUGCAGAAUCUUAGAGCCUGGGGAGGAUUUCUUAGCCCUAGAAGGAAAGGAAUUUAAUGAAAAAAUUCGUGGACCCGACGGGAAAGUAUCACAAGCAAAACUGGACGAAAUUUGGCCACGUCUUCGCGUUCUGGCUAGAGCGCAGCCAUCGGACAAAUAUACCCUUGUUAAGGGUAUCAUUGAUAGCAAGGCUACACCGCAGAGAGAAAUCGUCGCUGUGACUGGUGAUGGUACUAAUGACGGUCCCGCAUUGAAAAAAGCCGAUGUUGGCUUUGCUAUGGGCAUAGCUGGUACGGAUGUCGCCAAAGAGGCUUCUGAUAUCAUCCUCACUGACGAUAACUUCACAUCAAUUGUUAGGGCGGUGAUGUGGGGACGAAACGUAUACGAUUCGAUCUCGAAAUUUUUACAAUUUCAACUAACAGUAAACGUUGUCGCCGUUCUUACCGCUUUCGUCGGUGCUGUUACAGUAUCGGACUCACCUCUCAAGGCCGUUCACAUGCUCUGGAUCAAUCUUAUCAUGGAUACGCUUGCUUCCCUAGCGUUAGCCACUGAAGUUCCUACCGAUGAUCUGCUGAAUAGAAAACCGUAUGGCAGAACUUUCGUGACCGAAUUUUCAACAUCGAAUCGGGUUUGUAUGCUCCACUCUUUGCCCCUCCUUCGCAACAUUUUACUAUCGUCUUCAACGCCUUUGUAA